UACUAUAAGUUCAUUUAAUAUUCAUCUCAUCGUAACAUUUACAUAAAAUAAUCAAUAUGUCAUCUUUCAAUAUUAUUUUCCUUAUGACAUUUUGCUCGUUGGCUACAUUAUCAUCAUCUGCUCCCCUUAGUAUAGGGUUCUACAGAUCCUCUUGUCCAUCAGCUGAAGCUAUUGUAAGAAAAACUGUAAACAAAUUUUUGUCUCGCAACCCCGGACUCGGCGCGAGUAUUAUUAGACUGUAUUUUCAUGACUGCUUCGUUAGGGGUUGCGAUGGUUCUGUGCUGCUAGCUUCCACACCCGGUAACCCAUCCGAGCGAGACCAUCCUGCAAACAAUCCUAGCUUACAGGGUUUGGAAGUCAUUGACGAAGCGAAAGCCCAACUAGAAUCCGCAUGUCCUAAAACCGUGUCGUGCGCAGACAUCCUUGCAUUGGCUGCUCGCGACAGUACCGCCAAGCUUGGAGGGAUAAACUAUGCCAUCCCAUCCGGACGGAGAGACGGACGUGUUUCGAUUAGGGACGAAGUAACACCAAAUAUUCCAUCUCCUUUCGCCAAUGCAACGCAAUUAGCGGACAGUUUUGGUCGUAAAGGAAUGUCAGCGGAUGAGAUGGUGACGCUAUCGGGUGCACAUACUAUCGGAGUCUCUCACUGUUCUUCAUUCGUCAACCGUCUCUAUUCUUUUAAUGCUACUCAUCCUCAGGAUCCUUCCUUGGAUUCAAGAUACGCAGCUUUCUUGAAAACUAAGUGCCCACCGCCGAGCAAUAACAGUGGUGAUCCAACCAUCACGAUGGAUUCUACCCCUAAUCACAUGGACAACAGAUAUUACUCGGACUUGACCAGGAAUCGGGGAUUGUUCACUUCGGAUCAGACGUUGAUGAACAGCCCUUCCACGCAAAGGACAGUGGUGAAUUAUGUAAGGAACGGUAGAACAUGGCCUGACAAAUUCGCUAAGGCGAUGGUGCGUAUGGGUGAUAUUGAUGUUCUUACUGGAACUCAAGGUGAAAUUAGGACGCGAUGCGAUGUUGUUAAUUAAUUCUUUUGAUUCUGUCAUGUAAGCUCCCAGCAACUGAAUUGUCACUAGUAUUUCAAAGUUAAACAAAUUUGUGUCAAUUUUCAUGAAUCAAUUGAAUGUGAAUUCUUUUGUUAUUUAUAAA